AUGGCCAAGGAGUGGUUUUACAGUCUCCCAGCAGGUAGUAUUACUACAUGGACCAGUAUGAAAAAACAUUUUCUUGAGAAGUACUUUCCCGCAUCCAAGGUAGCAAAAAUCAGAAAAGAGAUAUGUGGCAUUGUUCAAAUGGCAGGACUCUUAUUAAAUGAUACCGCAAGUGGUGGAGCUUUAGUUGACAAGACACCCGCACAAGCAAGAUCUUUGAUUGAGAAUAUGACAUUCAAUUCGCAACAAUUUUCCUCCCGAGCAGAAACACUUGUCAAGAAGGUUAAUGAGGUUGGUGAAGAUUCUCAUAUGGAACAAAGGAUGUGUAAUAUGGAGAGGAUGAUGCAACAAAUUUCUGCAGUUAUUGUUCCAUCUUACGCCAACAAUCAAGCUGCAGCAAAUCCUACUUUCAAUCAACAAGGUGGUUACCAAUUCAUGCAAAGACCACAACAAGAAACUCAAGGCACAAGUGUGGAUGACAAUUUUACUCUUAUGAUGCAAGGUAUGCAAGAUAUUUCAAAGACAAUGCAAGGCUUCAACCAAUUCCAGCAGAAAUACGAGAUGACUAUGAGAGAUGUGCAAAACCAAGUUAGUCAAUUGGCUAAUGAUAUAAAUCUAGUCAAAGCACAAGGAUCCGAAAAGCUUCCUUCGCAACCGUUGAACCAUAAGGAGAACGUCAAUGUUAUUGAGUUAAGAAGUGGGAAGCAAGUUAAGCAACCGGAAACAUCGUCGGAUGCUAAUGGACCUGUUUUAGACCAAGAAGAGGACGAAACAGCCCCUAACAAGGAUGAUUUGGUAACAAAUUCUCACUCAAAACCUCUUGUUUCUACUAACGUAACUCCACCUUUUCCUAGUAGGUUUGCAAAGUCAAAGAAGGAGACACUAUACAAAGAGAUUUAUGAAGGAAUUGUUCACCAACAAGCAAAAAUUAACUGGUAA